AGAAUUUGUCGUUCGAGCUCCGACAACGAAAAACGACUACAGCAACGACGUCUAUAAUGAUGGAUACGAUGCCUUCUGUUGGCCUACCUAGGCCAGAACCCGACUUCAGCAGUAGAACGCCAGUGGAUUCGAAUAUCACCCUCUGGCAGUUUCUGUUAGAAUUAUUAGUGCAAGGCGAACAUCCACAACUGAUUCAGUGGACCAAUCGAGAAGGAGAAUUUAAGCUACUGGAUGCUGAGGCCGUGGCACGGCUUUGGGGACAACGAAAAGCAAAGCCUCAUAUGAAUUAUGACAAGCUAUCCAGAGCUUUGCGAUACUACUAUGAUAAAAAUAUUAUCAAAAAGGUGAUUGGCCAAAAGUUUGUCUACCGUUUCGUUGAAGCAAACAUUAGCGAACCGGUUGCUUACAAUAUGAACCUGUGCCGAGCGAUGAACAAUCCAGCACCAGCUCCAGCACCUGUAAAAGUUGACCCACUGCCAGCAGCUCCUGCUCCAGCGACAACCGUACACCCAAUCAUCAAGGAAGAACCUUGCAGCAAGCAGGAAAUUGAAACGUCUACGAUGCCUGUAUUGACCAACUAUGCUCCUCCACAACCAGAACUGACAUCAUUAAAUGUAAGCGGAAAUACGGCGACAAGUUCAUCUACACCAUCACCAACCGACAGCUCCUGUUCGCCUCAUAGUGUUGGCUCAUCAUCGGGUGUUUCAUCGUUACCGACCCUGAGUGUAACCCCACCAGGCCCAUCAUCACGGCCAGCAUCUGUACAUUCAGAUUCUUCGAGAAAACGACGUGCUUCACCAGCAGCUGAGGUCCCGCGACGUCCACGACCGGAUCCGUUAAAUCUCUCAGCUACAACACAAUUACUUUCACCAAGCCUCCCUCAUGGUGCAAUCUCGCCCUACCAUAUGCAGCUGAUGCAACAAAUGUCACCGCUGUUGCUACAACAUCGGCUACAAUUGUAUGCUCUGGCGUCGACAACACCGAUAUUUGGGCCAAAUUCACCUGUGCUUGCUGCGAUGGCAACGUCACCUUUCCGGUCACCGCUGACGACACCAACCGCCGCAGGACCUCACGUCUUCCAGUUCCCACCGGUGUCCACUUCAACACCAGGAGGACCAAAUUCUCUCAUGCAUCCCUUGGCUACGAUGAUGAGUCCGGCGAAUGUGUUAUCAUCCUUGAACAACAGCCUCUUCAAAUUCCCUUGCGAUAGCCUGAAAACGCCGACGCUGUUGAAAACACCCUUGCCAGUGAAUAAUGACUUAUAAUGAUCUCUAGUUUUUGUCGAUGUCGUGAUUGUGUGUUGCAAUUUUUAGGAUAUUUAGCACUGUGGCGUGAAUCUGAGACUUUUUUCCUAAACUGAGACCAAUUUUUUUCUCAGGAUCCACUCCACAAUCUCCACCCACCUCUUCGUCUAACUUGCCAGUAUGUAGUUGCACAAAUUGUGUCUUUGUUCUCAAUUGGGUACGGUAUUUUUUUUUAAUCCGUUAGAUUGGCUCCCCAGAAAGCCAGCAUUAGGCUAGCUUUAAUCGCAUCCGUAGAUUGUCGACGUAGUAUUUCUGGGUACGGUCAUUUGUUAUAAUCUCCAUCACUUCCGUAAUAGCUACCGUAAUAGCUACAGUACCUCCAGCAACAGUGAAUCACAGUUCCUGUUCUGCUGCUGCUUUGACGAGCUCUCUAGCGAUACUGUAGUUGUUUGAAAAAUGUAAAUAAGUAUAUUCUCUCUUCUAUCCAUGCCUGCUCCUAUUUGUUUUGUAUUUUUUCCGAUAUCCCCAGCCUCUCUAUUUGACGAAUAUCGAAUUUGUGCCUUUUUCUAAACGAUUGCAUGUCUUUGUACCGAAACACUUCACUACGGGCCCAUGGCGCACACUUUUAUAAACGUAAAUCGUGCCUAGCAAAUUGUGAGGGUUAUUGUGCGUUUUUUAAAAUUUUCUCGAUUUCUAACUGUUUUUCUUUAUUUUUAUGUUGAGAGUUCAGAGAUCAGAGAUCACCCAGUCUGCCUCCAUUUCACCCAUUGCAUUUCGUGACCACCACUGCAAGCCAGUCGAAUUUUUUUUUAUUGACGCUUUGUGAUGGUUUACAGUAUAUCUAUUUUAUUCUAUAUAAUGAUAAAUAUUGAAAUCUA